AUGGCGCCCUCUACAACCAUUCUAAUACCAGAGGGACCUUUCUCUCUAUCCUUACUUCUCCGCCACCCUAAACAAACCUACGGUUCAGAUUUCCUCGUCGGCUGUUACCUCCCGCCACAACCCCUUACCGUAUCGCCCAAUUCCCUUCAGUACCCGCCCGGCUUCCUCGGUGCCUCGUUACCGGACCGUCCUAUUCCCAACGACUCUGACAGUGACAGCAUUAUCGAUGCCAUGGGAUACCUUACGAACAUACUUUCUUCCAAGGUCUACGACGUGGCCAUAGAAUCGCCAUUGCAGCUCGCGCCCAAGCUCUCGGAGCGCCUCGGCGUCACGGUUUGGCUCAAGAGGGAGGAUUUACAGCCUGUGAAUUUUCUUGUUCAAGCUGCGUGGGAUAUGAUGGCAAAAAUUCCCAAAGAACAGUUGGGCAGAGGAGUUAUCUGCUCAUCAGCUGGAAAUCAUGCUCAAGGGGUUGCAUUAGCUGCCAAGAGACUCGGUUGCAAUGCAGUGAUUGCUAUGACCGUUACUACGCCAGAAAUCAAGUGGCAAACUGUUGAAAGACUGGGUGCAACAGUUGUUCUUGCGGGGGAUUCUUAUGAUGAGGCACAAACAUAUGCCAAAAAAGGGGCCGAAGAGGAGUGCAGUACAUUCAUACCUCCUUUUGAUCACCCAGAUGUCAUAAUGGGACAGGGAACCAUUGGAAUGGAAAUUGUGCGUAAAAAAAAAAACCAAUUGCAUGCAAUCUUUGUGCCUGUUGGGGGCGGUGGGCUAAUAGCUGGUAUUGCUGCUUAUGUAAAGAGGGUUUCUCCAGAGGUAAAGAUUAUAGGGGUGGAGCCCUCUGACGCGAAUGCAAUGGCAGUGUCUUUACAUCAUGGACAAAGAGUGAUGUUGGACCAGUUUGGAGCUUUUGCAGAUGGUGUAGCUGUCAAAGAAGUUGGUGAAGAAACUUUCCGCCUAUGCAAGGAAUUGGUAGAUGGCGUAGUUCUUGUAAGCUGUGAUGCAAUCUGUGCCUCAAUAAAGGACAUGUUUGAGGAAAAAAGAAGCAUUUUAGAACCAGCAGGUGCCCUUUCUCUUGCUGGAGCUGAAGCAUACUGCAAGUAUUAUGGCCAAGGGCGAAAUGUUGUAGCAAUAACUAGUGGAGCAAACAUGAACUUCGAUAAACUGAUGGUGGUGACUGAACUGGCUAAUGUAGGCCUGCAACAAGAGGCUGUGCCUGCAACUGUUAUGCCAGAGGAACCUGGAAGCUUCAAACGAUUUUGUGAACUGGUGGGACCGAUGAAUAUCACUGAAUUCAAAUAUAGGUGUCACUCUGACAAAGAGGCUAUUGUUCUAUACAGUGUUGGCAUCCACAUGGUUUCUGAACUUGAAGCAAUGCUGGAGCGGAUGAAAUCUUCACAACUUAAAACUUACAACCUCACAAAUAGUGACUUGGUUAAAGAUCAUUUGCGCUGUUUGAUGGGAGACAGAUCAAACGUUGAGAAUGAGGUUCUCUGA